UGCUACUGGCCGGGUACUUAGAAUCUGAAAAGUCAAAAGUCCAAAGUCGGGAAUACAAGUCGGUAGUCGCUGGGAAUUCCGUAAAAUUGAAGGGUCGGGUCGGGUGGCAUCUUAAUUCUCGGCUCUCUCGCAUCUGAUCCGAAAGGAUUUAGCGAUCGUAGGGUCGUCUUCCCCUUUCAGAUCUGGAAUUCGACGGCUUAAGUCGACAUAGGCGCUGCGCCUGGACGCCAAGUCGUCGGAAAAGCGACGCCUAGGCGAGGACUUGAAAGUAAGGCGAGUCGAAUCAUCAAGGCGAGAUCAAGAGGGCGCCGCGACGCCUAGGCGACGACUAGGCGACGCCGUGAUAACUAUGACUAGAACAGUACCCCCAGAUGGAUGCCAUUCAAAAGUAUCUUUGGCCACGCCUUUGCACAUUGGAUAACAAUAUAUUGUAUGUAUUGCAUUACCAAUUAAUCACCUUCGGAAAGUCAACUACUAUUAUCUGUACGAAGAAGAAUCCAAACUGUAAUGCGUGCCCAUUGAGAGCAGAGUGCAGACACUUUGCAAGCGCAUUUGCUAGUUCAAGGCUUCGCCUUCGAGGAGCAGGAGAGAGAAGUGUGGUUGUCUCACAAAAUGAAGUAAGAGACAUUGAAGACUUCCCCUAUGGAUGUGGGGACAAGGGUACCAAAUGCUAUACACAAACUCGUGCAACUGCCAUUGAAAUUCUACCACC